CUGUCUGUGCUGGUUUGUUCUGUCACUCGCAGUUCAGAACACCGACAGAUAGAUGGCCUUGUCCUCAGAGGGAGAUGGCAUCAAUCUACCGCGGUGCAUGGUGGGAAUGAUCAGAUCAGGUAAGCUGAAAUGAGACGGUCUGAGCCGCAAGAACAGGUGAAUGAUUACUGUAGGCCUACUGUUAAUGCCGUCGUCCAAAGAUACCUUGUUAUCUUGGUCCCAUAACGAACAAAUAGUGGAUGUUUUGACGCGAGGAGUCCAAUUAACUUUAAUGAGAGCCCGAAUGAAAAGCGGAGAUACGCAACAAAAAGAGUUCGACAACUCGUCAAAAACCUGGAAUUAGUAGCAGGGUUGAGCUGAGAGGCGCCAUGCUGUCGGGGGAGGAGAUUCUGUGCAGCACGCGGCAAGUGAUAGCGGGCCUUGAGGCGCUGCGAGGUGAGAACCACACCCUCCUGGACAACCUGCAGGAGGUGCUGGAGGACCGGCCGGUGGCCGAGAGUGGCAGUGUGGAGCAGGAGAAGAGUGGCAUCAUCCGCCAGUCUCUGGAGAGGAUAGAGCUGGGCCUGGGAGAGGCACAGGUGAUGAUGGCUCUGUCGGCCCACCUGGGCUCCCUGGAGGCGGAGAAGCAGAAGCUGCGGACCCAGGUACGGAGGCUGUGCCAGGAGAACCAGUGGCUGAGGGACGAGCUGGCCGGGGCCCAGCAGAGGCUGCAGGACAGGGAGCAGGUGGUGGUCACGCUGGAGGAGCAGAACAGACACCUGCAGUUCAUGAGCAGUAUCCGCAAGUACGACCAGGAGUCGCCAUCACCGGAUGACAAAGAGACAGGCUCCACCAAGGAGUCCCUAGAUGACCUUUUCCCCACGGACGAGGAGGAACAGUCACAGAUAUCUCAGCCCCACGGUAGCAGUGCGGCAGCAGCGGCCCAGCAGGGAGGCUAUGAGAUCCCGGCCCGCCUGAGGACCCUUCAUAACCUGGUGAUCCAGUACGCCUCCCAGGGCCGCUACGAGGUGGCCGUGCCCCUCUGCAAACAGGCUCUGGAGGACCUGGAGAAGUCCUCAGGCCACAGCCACCCUGACGUGGCCACCAUGCUCAACAUACUGGCUCUGGUCUACAGAGACCAGAACAAGUACAAAGAGGCGGCUAACCUCCUGAAUGACGCGUUGGCCAUUCGGGAGAAGACCCUGGGCAUAGAUCACCCUGCGGUGGCAGCCACACUCAACAACCUUGCUGUACUGUAUGGAAAGAGAGGGAAGUACAAGGAGGCUGAGCCACUGUGUAAGAGAGCCCUGGAGAUCAGAGAGAAGGUGUUAGGCACGGACCACCCUGACGUGGCAAAGCAGCUGAACAACCUGGCGCUGCUGUGUCAGAACCAGGGCAAGUACCAGGAAGUGGAGCAGUACUACGAGCGUGCCCUGCACAUCUACCAGAGCAGGCUGGGCCCCGACGACGCCAACGUGGCCAAGACCAAGAAUAACCUGGCUUCAUGUUACCUGAAACAAGGGAAGUACAGACAAGCUGAGGCUCUGUAUAAAGAGAUCCUGACCCGGGCCCAUGAAAAAGAGUUUGGAUCUGUGGAUGGUGAUGUGCGGGACAUCUGGACCCACACGGAAGAGGAGGGCUCCAUGCAGGAUGGGCUGGGCAGUCUGAAGCGCAGCGGCUCAUUCACCAAGCUCCGCGAGUCAAUACGCAGGAGCAGCGAGAAGCUGGUCAGGAAGCUGAAAGGAGUCGGACCUCAAGAUACCACGCCUCCGACUCCUGGGAUGAAAAGGGCUAAUUCUCUGAAUGUGCUGAACGUGGGUGUGAGGGAGUGUCAAGAAGCAGCAAAGAACCCCUGCAGCCUGACAGAGAACCGCACCCUGAGCUCCAGCACCCAGAGUCUGGCACGGCGAGGAUCCCUCAGCUCUGCACACUACACCUCUGAACACUAGCCCCCCCCCCCCACACACACACACACAUCCAGGAAGUACUCUCACACAGCUCUGGUCCCUACUCUCCGUCUCAGUGAACCUACAUAGGUCACUGCAACCCCCUUCCCUUGCUCUGUUUUAAAUCGAACAAUGAUCUGUUUAAGUUUGUUUACUGCACUAUGUUGUAGCGGGUGGAGGUCACUGAUACUCCUUGCCUGCUAGUUUUAUCCCCUGGUGCCCCAGUUCUGAGGUAUAGAUUAGGAUACACACAGCAAUGAGGACUGGUUUGAGAGAUGCAGAUUGAAUCCGUUUCAGACCAGAUUUAGUAAUGCUCUGUACAAGGAGGGAAAGCUUGAAUUCUUCAACGAUUGUUCACAAUUAUGAACAUCUUGAUAUUUGCAUUUUAACUGCAGUUGGGUCAACAAGUAAGUGUCUGCAGCUAUUGGAUGUUAUCCAAAUUAAUUUAUCUGUGCAUGCAAAAAAGGUCAUUUAUACAAUGUGGUUUUUAAAACGUGUUACAUUCUGAUUUUAUCUCCUUACCAGCGGUACUCUUGUUUUUGGCACUAGGUGAUUUAAUUCCACAAUUAAAACAAAUAUUUACUAAUAUCUAUUGAAUGUGAUGCACAAAUAGUGUAUUGGCUUCCAUGUUAGGUUGUGGUAAAGUGCUCUCCUUAUUCCACAAUACUAGAGCAAAAUCUGCACUUCCCAGUCUAGCGGUAGAAUGCAAUUUGUCUAAAAAUAUGUUUGUACUAUGUUUAGCAGAUUUUAUUAUGAGCAGAUAUAAAAAGCUUAAGCUAUUUUGAUAGCCCAAAGGUAAAAGCACUAUGUGCCUGUAUGUAAUAUCUAGUUUUUUAUUUUAUUUGUCUCAGUUUAGGAUACAUUAACUUUUUUGGAUAGCUAGCUAAUUUAAAUUCCUUCUGAAACAUGUUUUUAAAAUUAUUUGAUUUUGUUGUCUAUGCAUCUUACGCAGGAUGUUAUCAAGAGUAAAUAUGCAAUUCGAGGGACACAAAGCGAUUAAAUCACUGUGGUGGUAUUUCCAAGUGAUCAUUUAAAAGGGCGGUAGAGGAGUCACUAUUGUAAAAAGAUUGUUAACCCAUUGGGGUGGAUGGAGGGAGUUCAAUGUGGGUUGCCAAAAGGUCGCCAGUUCGAAUCACAAUGAGUCUUGUUUUCCAACCUUAACCAAUCACAUUUCUCAUCUGAUGUUGACUGAAUAGCUGUAUACAUGUGGGAAACAAUUGUGGAACCCUCCCUCAUGCUGCUGCAGUGGACUAGGCACUGGGAUAAGAACCAGAAGGUCACAGGUUCUAAUCUUGCCCUUUCGUUCAACUCUGGCCUAAAAAGUGGGCACAAUCCGAAUAUGGACAAGAUCAGGACACAGAAUGCAUGUUAGCACUGUGUACAGUAUAAACAGGGCUAUAAGCUGACAAAGCACAAUGGCUCUAUUCAAACUGUCAAGCUUUUCAUAUGCAGUGUUUUACCAUGAAUGCAAUCUCCAUUAACAUUGCCUUUAAAUUUCAAUCACGCUGAACUUCAGCGAUACAGAUUGAAUAGAGCCCUACAUCUUAUUUAUGUAGAAUUAUGUUAGCUGUUACAUAUGGAGAGCUUUCUUUGCAGAUUGUCAAUGUUAUUGAAAAUUACAAAUAUAUUUUAUAUCUGGAAACCAUAGCUGACAAAUGUAAAAUAAAGUAUGUCUCUUCAAUC